AUGGCCAAUACAAUAUUGCAGCAGUCAAUGCAUAUGGCUCAACAACAACAGGCACCUAAUCAAACACAACAACCUCCACAGGCUCAACAGCAGCCACCUUCACAUGGCCAGCAAGCCUCACAUAUUCCUCAGUCACAAAACCAACAAUAUCUUUCUGUACACUCCCAAGCCGACCAGAUUCAGAGAAACGGCAUGCACAAACAACAAGAACAGAAACUCUUAAAUUCUUAUGUAUACGAUUUCCUAAAGCGUAGUGGUGCAACAGAAACAGCCCGAGCUUAUUUACGGGAAGGAAGAGCAGAUAUCAAGUUAAAAAAUGAUGGGUCGGAUUCAAUAAACGGUAGUAGUAGCUCAAGUUCAGAUAACAAUAUGAACUCAAUAUUAUUACCGGACGCAGAUGUUCCAGUAGAGGCACCUGAGGGAUUUUUAUAUGAAUGGUGGAAUGUAUUUUGGGAUGUAUUCAGUGCUAAAUCACAACGGGUGGGAACUUCGGAUGCACAACAAGCACAACAAGCGCAACAGGCACAGCGAUUCGUCGAGCCUCAACCUUCUCCAGCUAAUCAACAGCAGGUUACUCAUCAACUUCUCUCGCAGAAUCAAUUUAAUAAUCGCCAACAAAUCGUAAAUGGUGUACCGAUUGAUUCUAAUAAUACAAAUGGUGAUAUGUCAAUGAGUCCUACGAGGACAUUAAAAAUGCCUCCGGGACCACGCAGAAUACCGGCAACUGGCAUGAGUAUCAAUUCAUUACCAAUGUCUAAUAUGUCUAAUAAUCGAUAUAUAAAUCUCCAACAGCCACAUCCAACGUCGGUAAACCAAAAUAGCGUUGCUUUGGUUGCUCAACAAAGUUCUCAAGCAAUUCAGAAUCAAGGACAGCAGAAACAACAGAACAGCGAGGUUAAUCAAGGACAAGUUCAACAACCCAUAGCGCGAGAUACUCAGUCAAACAUCUCUGCUUCCCAAGCGCACAUGACUCCGAGCCAAUUGCCAGCACAACUAAAUCCUUCAACGAAGCGUGGUGUCGAUGUCCAAACUAUGAAUCAGAAUAUUGGUCAGCAAUCACAAUCGCCAAGUAAGCGUCCCAGAACGGCUCAAGAGCUAUCUUCACCAUACGCUGCUCAUGCACAAAUGGCUAGCCAAAGACAAUUAAUGCUUAAUAACGGCAACAAUAUGUUGAUAGCUCAGCCAUAUUCAGCUUCCCCUGAUAAGAAUUGCCAAACCCAGCAUCCCAUAAAUGGGAAAGCAAAGGUUAAUCAACAAAUACCAUAUAGAGCUCAACAAAUUUCAACUAUUAAUAAAUCUAUUUCACCACAUGCAAAUCAAAUGACGACUCCUAUGAUUCAAAAUGCUACUGAGAUGCAAGAUUCUCAACUUGCUAGCCAGAUCACUCAUCAAAUUAACGCUGCCAAUACUGGUGUUCAGGACGUAAAAAACCAGCUCAGCGUGCUCAAUAUGCCGAAUAUGCCGAAUAUGCCAAUACUUCAUAUGCCACAUAAUAAUGCUGCUAAUAUGGCAGUAAUGGGGUUCCCACAGGGAAUUAUGCAAAACCAACGGGCUCAUAAACAACUCAGUCAUAUGGCCAUUAAUGAAAAGAAUACGAUUGAGAACUUCAACAAGAAUAUUAAUCAAUCUCAGCUUCCACAACGUGGUAAAAAUGAUAAUUCAAAAGGGGCAAAGAGCUCUGCAAAGACCACACCAACACAAAGUCAGCUACAAACUCCGAACGGUAAUGCACAAAAUGCAAUUGCCGCUCAAAAUGGACUUCAAUCACAGUCUGCUCAAACGAUGACAACGGGCGUGAUGAAUGACAUUUCAACAGGAUUAAAUAUGAAAAUUGAAGAGGCGAUAAUGAGUGAUUUUUUGGGCUUCGAAUCAGCUGAUACGAACGAAAUUACCGACGGAUUCAGUACAUUCUUCAACUUCGAUGGUAUACCGGAUGAAUUUCCUACCAGCAAUGAAGGGCCGAGUACCUCAACAACUAACGACAACUAA